CGAUCCACGGAUCAGAGUGCGAAUAGCGACUAUUACGACCGACAAAAAGCUGUCUGCUCCGUCCAGACGUCUUCUGCUUCCGAGACUUGUACGAACUUGUCAAGAAAGUCUCGACACGGAUUUCACUCCUGCAGGCGGCGACCGUUCGUGAAGGCUUCAAAGACUGGUUUUAGUGGUGGCUUUGACCUUCCCUAGUCAUGGCGGCAAGACAGACAUCUGUUUCAGAAGAAUGUAUCGACAUGGUAACUCCUUGGAAUGAAUACCUCAGUGCCAAAUACAAAAGGAGCUUUGCAUAUCACACUGUACGCAAUCGACUACCUGUUACCGUAACCCAAGUGCUUGAUCACCUGUCAAGAAAAAAGGAGGAAUUGGCACAAUCACUUGGUGAGGUGUCACGAGAAGAAGUGAAACAAAUCAUUGGCUACUUUUCUAAGCUUAAAAAUGAAAUGCAAACUAACAAACCACUAACACCAUUUAACUCAAAUGAAGUGGAUGAAAAAUCAUGGAAUGAUUUCCUCAAAAAUUCUGAGGACAGUUUAGGUCGACCUCUUUUGUGGUUUGCUGAUGUUUGGUUGCAUAUUGAGUGUUACCUUUAUCGAAGAAUAAGAGAAGCUUUUGCACUCACGCAGCACUUUCAUAACUAUGACCCAUUUCGGCAUCAAAAGGAAGAUGCCUUCCCAGGAUCACUUCAAGCCAUCGCUGUGGUUGGCACUCACUUGGUCAAAGUGUGUUCUUCAAUGGCAUCAGCUGAUACUGAAAAAUAUGUUGUACAGUUUCUGAAGCUGUCCUUGUGGGGUAAUCGCUGUGAUCUAUCCAUUUCUGGUGGAAAAGAAAUUGCCCAGGUGGCUGAUCCCCUGGAAAUGAUUUCCCAACUUGACAACUUAAUACUUGCAAACGAUCUGCCAAAAGUAUGGGAUGUUCUAUGCAAAGAGCCUAGCUCCCGUGUCAUAGACAUUAUCUUUGAUAAUUCGGGAUACGAACUGUUCACGGACCUCUGCAUUGCUCACCUUCUCAUAAAAUUAAAAUUGGCUGAUAAAGUUCGAUUUCAUGCCAAGAGAGUGCCAUGGUUUAUAUCUGAUGUUAUGGAGCAUGACUUCAACUGGCUUAUAGAUGAAAUGGGCAAACAAUCAGCGACACCAAGCUUAUUGGAAUUGUCAAAGGAGUGGAAAAGUUACUUGAGCUCUGGUUGCUGGUCGCUGUUUGAUGAGCCUUUUUGGACUCUACCUUACUCAUAUGACUGCAUGAAGGAUGUUGAUACCGAGUUGUACAACAGUUUUAAAGAAUCAAAACUUCUAAUUUUUAAAGGGGACCUUAAUUAUCGUAAAUUAGUAGGAGACAUGAACUGGCCUCACACUGAGGAGUUCACUGUUGCUCUAAGGGGAUUCACUCCUGCUCCCCUAGUGAGCCUUCGCACUAUUAAAGCUGACGUGGUUGUUGGCUUAAAGCCUGGGACGGCUGAAGAAGUUGCUAAAGUUGAUGACGAUUGGCUCACAACAGGAAAAUAUGCAGUGGUGUCUUGUUUCUGUUAAAAUAUGAUUGUGUGUUAAGGACUGCAAGCUGACAGCUUCCAUUCCUUCCAUU